AUGGGGAGGAGGGAGCGGCGCGCAUGCGCAGUGCACGCUCGGGACGGAGGGGUGGGGGGGAAUCGCAUCGCUGCGCGCCCCCCGCCGCAGCGCGCGGGCCCCCCCCGCGCCGCGAUUGGCUGGCGGUGCGCCAGCGCGCUGUCAAUCACGCAGUGGGGGGACACGCGCGGCGGGGGCGGUUUCCAGGCCCCCCCGCGCACACCCCGGUGCGGCCCGGGCCGAGCGAGCGGGAUCAAAGAGCGGCGGGCGGGCACGGGCAGCGGUUCGUACCGUACCGUACCGUACCGUACCGCCGGGGCACACCGGGCAGCGCCUCCGUACCGCUCCGUACCGUACCGUACCGUACCGCCGGGGCACACCGGGCAGCGCCUCCGUACCGUACCGUACCGCCGGGGCACGGGCAGCGCCGCCGCUCCGCCGGGGUACACCGAGCACGGGCCGCGGGCAGCGCCUCCGCACCGCUCCGUACCGCACCGCCGGGGCACACCGGGCACGGAGAGAAGUGCUGGAGGCCGUGCGGCGGAAGGGAGUGGGCAACAAGGGGGUAACUGCGGGCUGCGGAGUAUUACGGCGGGCGAUUCAUUACGUGGGACGACAAUUGAGUUAGUGGGGAGCGGCCGGGGGCCGCAGGGACCCUCCAGCACCGCGUGGACACAGCUGCACACGCCAGGACACACGGACACGGCACGGGGACAGACGGACAAGGACAGCCGGGAACAGGCGGCCGCACCGCGGGGCACAGCCCGGCACAGGCGCUGCUGCGGCUGCGGCACGGAGCUGUGCCUGGGGACACGCCAAGGGACACGGAAGGACACGGGAUGGCACCGCACACCCAACCUCCACAUCCUCCUCCGCGGCUGCCCUUGGGUCCCUGCCCACGUGGGGAAGGCCGGGAAAGGGCCCUUAGUUAUGGAUUAUCCCAGCGUGGGGAAUUGGUGCCAAACGGGAGCGUGGUGUGGACACCGGUGUGCGGGUACACGGUGUGCAGACCCCGGUGUGUGCAGACCCCGGUGUGUGCAGACCCCGGUGUGCGGGUACACGGUGUGCAGACCCCGGUGGUCUAGGAGAGCUGGGCAAGAGCUUCCUGACUGAAAAGGAAAACCAAAAAACACCUCACAAAAA